UGGCAACAUGACAACUCUUUUUUGGAUAUUAUUCUCUUACAAAAUAGGUACGUGUUCUAAGAAUUGGCUGUCCUUUAUCAAUUGCAUGAACUCCACCUGAUUUAAAGCACAUAAUUGUUUUGAAGAUUAACAAAACAUCUAAUCGCAAGCAAAAAGGCUUCAUAAAUCGGAACCACAAUGAAAACCAAUUACUUUGAAUUACCAAAUGAGACAAAGCCAGAUAAUGAGACCUUAGAAAUGCUACAGAACACUGUGAUUCCAGUGGUUAUGCCGAUAAUGUAUUCGAUUCUGGCAUUCAUCAGCAUUCCAGGAAAUUCAAUCUCCCUUUGGAUUUUAAUAUUCCAUUCCAGACCAAUCACGGCAUCUAUCAUUUUCAUGAUUAACUUAAGCAUUACAGACCUGGUCCUUGCAGUGUUUCUUCCAUUCCAGAUCAUUUACCACAUCAACAAAAGCCAUUGGCCAUUUGGGAAAGGCCUUUGCAAUGUAAUGUCUCUUUUGUUUUAUGUAAAUAUGUAUUCUUCCAUAUUAACUAUCAUGCUCAUCAGUAUUGAUCGCUACAUAGGUAUUGUGCAUCCCAUGCAAUCAAGCAUGUGGCGAAGAAAAAGAUAUGCAGUUACAGCAUGUAUCAUAAUGUGGACAUUUCUUCUGUUGUCAUUUUAUCCAUUGGCGUCAACGGAUCUAACUUAUAAAGUGGAUUCUUUGAAUAUAACAACCUGUUUUGAUGUGCUGAAAUGGAAGAUGUUGCCAAACCUUGCAACAUGGGCAGCAUUUAUUAUUGGACUUGUUUUUGUCCUAUUUUUUAUUCCUUCAGUUGUGGUGGUAGUUUGUUAUACUCUCAUCAUAAGGAAAUUGUUUCAGACUUCUAACAGAUAUGGAAGCAGUAAAAGGUCAAUUAAACUAGCAUUUACAGUUCUAUUAGUAUUUCUUACUUGUUUUGCGCCUAACAACAUUGUUCUUCUGGUACAUGCAAUUAACCGAAUUUUCUAUGGAAUAAGUUACUACUAUGCUUACAAACUCACUCUUACGCUUAGUUGCCUAAGCAGCUGCCUGGAUCCUUUUCUUUAUUACUUUGCUUCCAAGGAUUUUUACAAAAAGUUUACAGAGGUUUUUGGUAAAAAAACAAAGCAGAGUGAAACAUGUGAAACCAGGAGAGGCAGCUUGUUUUCUGGAAAAUCAAUGACAUUUUCAAGUGGACAUGGGGAAGGCUUACAAAAUGGAAGCUGCCAGCUUAUCCAACGUCAAGAAAGUGAUGUGUAGAUUAUAUCCAGAGACGUUUUUUGAUAAGACAGAGUGAAACAUUUUUAAACAAUUAUGUAAAGACCCGGAGAUUUAACUUGGAACUGAUUACUAUAAAAUAAAAAAAUAAAUGGAAAAAAAACAAACUGUUGCGUCUGGAACACAUUUCCCCAGAGGAUCUUUGAAAUGUGUGGCAUAGUAUUUAAGGCUGCAAUAAUUGCUCAAAGAACAUUAAAGUUUCAGACACAAAAUUGACUUGUUCCACAAAGAUGUUAAAUAUAUCAACUGUACAAAAUGAUUCUUUGAGUGGAUUACAAAACACUCAAAUAUGUGACCAGCAUAAAUUUUGUAAUUAAAAAAAAAUAUGACACAAAGCAAAUACAAGUUUCAGAAGUCAGAUAGAUGUAUAUCGAUUGUUGGGGUAGCAUGGUUUUUUAAAAAAAAGCUCUGAACUUCACUGAUGAAGUUAUGAACAUCAUCAAAAAUGUCUAAUUAAAGGGACAGUUUACAACGUGUAAUUACAAGACAUUUCUGUUGUGUUGUUAUAGAAUAACAAAUCAACCAAGUCUAAACACUUUUAAAACAUAUUAGAAAGUUGUUUGCUGCAAUUUUUUAAUAGCUGAACUUAAAGUGAUGGUAAAUCUGAGCGUUAAACAAAUGCUAGGACUCACCAUCACUAAAAA